GUAAAAUAAGAUUUGAGUUAUUGUUAGAAUCAAUCAUUUGUGACGUAUUAUUGAUCAAUGACAGUCGGUCUGUGGUAGAGGGGGAGGAGCGUCAUCUGUGCCUUGAUUACAUUUACUUGAGAUUAUAAUCUGCAGACAUGAUCAAUCCCUCUCUCUCUCUCUCUCUUUUUCUCUACCCUCCCUUUUUCUCUCAGCGUGUGUGACUGAUGAUUGGAGGAGUUGACGGACUCGAACCCCCGCCGUGUUUGCGGCCGCUCGGUCUUUGCGCUUGAUUGGUCCUCCUGCAGCACAGACGCGCAGCUCAGGCGCCUCCUCUCAUAAACAGAGUCGGAGCAGAAGUUUUUCCCCAGCAGUUCCAGGAGGAUCCGCGGCUCACAGGAACCACUCUCUAUGGCACAGCAGUAACAGGGUGGACUCUACUCCCUGAUCAUCUUUGUUGACUCCUAACGUGUAUGGAAAUUGCUCCUGGAUGGACCUGGGCGAAAACAGCUGGUCCAUGGUCAAACGCGAAGUAUCCAGCAGCCCAGGGUCACCGGCUGAGCAGAGCUACCUGCCCGGUGACAGCAGGAGGGACGCGUCCUCCUCGGAGGGGCUGAGGACACCUCCGAGCGAGCUUGACGCACUGGGUCACCGCCGGCUGGACGGCAGGUCACUACACUCCUACGUCCACUUUGGACACCACAACAACAGCCUGGCCACCGCCGAGGACAUGCCGCUGUUCACGGACUUGGAUCAGGGCAGUAAACUCGUCCUGUCCAGCGGGGCGCACAAGGCGAGCCUGCUGGUGGACUCGGCCGACGUGUACCAGACACUGGCCAUCGCCGCUGCGCAAAGUCAGACUGGAUACGACUCCUCCUCUGGGGGUUACAUGCACUCCAACCCCAACUCCCCCGUCUACGUGCCCAGCUCCAGGGUGGGUCCGAUGAUCCCCAGCCUGUCUUACUUGCAGGCUGGCGGCUCUGCGCAACCCGGCCACGCCAUGUCGGGCCACUCGGUCUGGUCUCAGACCACACCGGAGAGUCCGUCAUACAGCACCGGGAGCCCGCACACCUCCAGCCGCUUCCACUAUCCUCCCAGCCCGCCUAUGAACAACGGAACACCGAGAGACAGCGGUUACAGCAACACGCUAAACAUGAGCAACAGAGACCAGUACGGACUGUCGAGGCCCCUGAGCGGGACUUACCCGAGUCCCUACUCUCCUUAUGUUGCACCACAGCUCUCACAGCUGCCCUCACCGUGGUCCGGAGGGGCUUUUGAAAACACUAUGCUGCACACUCUACAGAGCAGGAGUGCACCCCUGAUCCGAGGACCAAACGGAGUUUCAGAUAUUCUGGAUGACCUGGGGGAGAGCAGAGAGUGCGUCAACUGCGGCUCCAUCUCCACGCCGCUGUGGAGGCGCGACGGCACGGGUCACUUUCUCUGCAACGCCUGUGGCCUCUACAGCAAAAUGAAUGGACUGAGCAGGCCAUUAAUUAAACCACAGAAACGGACGUCUACGUCCAGGAGAAUCGGCCUGUCCUGCGCCAACUGUCAGACCAGCACCACGACUCUGUGGCGCAGAAACGCAGAAGGAGAGCCGGUGUGUAACGCAUGUGGCCUCUACACAAAGCUACACGGGGAGGGAAUUCAGACGAGGAAGAGAAAACCCAAAACACUGAAUAAAAGCAAGGGAUCCUCUGGAAAUAACAGCUCCAUCUCAAUGACUCCCACAUCAACUUCUUCAUCCAAUUCUGAGGAUUGUUCCAAAACAAGCUCUCCAUCUGGUCAAGUGUCAGGGGUCAGUUCGUCUGUGCUGUCCAAUUCAGGGGAUGGAACAGGCACCGGCUCAGUCAUGAAAUAUUCAGCACAGGACGGCCUGUACACCAGCGUCGGCCUGACCCAGUCUUCAGAUGUAGCUUCAGUCCGUGGUGAAUCCUGGUGCAUGGCCUUAGCUUGAUCAAAAGAUGUUUUUUUUCUCUCUCUGGAAGGACAGUAAUCCUUGGCCCCGUGUGUCUGGAUGCUACACAUUGUGGAAGUAUUUUUGGACAUUUUCGAGCAGACGUGGACAGUGGGGGAGAAGAGAGAAGAGUAAGACCACUCUAGGUCGUUGCUGCAGGCUGGGAGCCAGGGUGGACUAUCUGGGAUUUCAAAUCACAAAAAAAAAAAAAAAAGGGAAACGCCAGGCUUGAUGAUCAACUCGACGGAUGGCCUGCUGUGGAUGGAUUCUGGACCUGCCAUGCACUCGAAAUCUCCACCAUCCACGGCACUGCAGCCAUCAUGUACUGUAGAUAACGUAUUUUUCUCUCUGAAGAAAAAAAACCUGAUGAUUGGAUACAAGCGCUUCAUCAAGCGCUGCACUCUUUUAGUACAUUUAGAUUUUUCAUUUUUAUUUCUUUCCUUCCCCAACUGGAAUCAUGCGACACGUGCCUUGACGAGUUUUACGAAUCAGAAAAAGAAAAAAGAAAAAAUAUUUAUAAAUCUUCUAAUGUUGAAAACAUGGUUAUGAUUGUGAAUAAAGAUAUCAAUAUAGAGUAGAGGAUGAACCAUUCUGACGCCUUCCUUUCUUUUGUGUGCGUCCUGUAAUACAGUAGUGUUGAAUGUGCACAUGUUUUCCACUGAAAGCUCUUACUGUAUUUGACUGAAGCUCACAUGGUUUAAACAGGGUAUAAAUGACGGCGUCGUCCCGUUUGUUUGUUUGUUCGUUUGUUUGUGUGUUUAAUCACUAGUGAGUAUGAACUCCUUCAGACAAAUCUUUGAUGCUGAAACACUGUCGGCCCGUGGCCGAGGCGUGAAGGUACUUCCCUCAGAGCAGAGCUUCAGAGACGUGAAGCAGUUGGACGGAUUUGUUUGAACAAAGCACACCCAGAAUAGCUGCGAGUCCACUGACCUUUGUGUUACAAGACAUAAAAUGCAAAAUAAGGACUGUUGGCUGCACAACCAUGUGAUUCAUUACUAACAGUGUAAUUUUCACAGCACAAACAUGAACUGUGGUUUUAAGUUUUGUUUGUUUUUUUUUUU